AAAAAGGCUAGAAAGAAAUCAUGUGCUACUUUAGUUCUCAGGUUUGCAUGUAAACACGCUUGUUUUAAACAUCAUUCUGUAUCAGAGCUAUCAGAUUUCAGAUAUGAGUGACAAUGUUGUGCCUGCACAGACUCAUUCACAACCUAUCGUAAAAGCGGAACUAGAGGACUCACGUAAUUGGGCUCGCUUCGGCAACACAUAGUAUACUAAAAUUGGAUCGAUACAGAGUAGAUUAGCAUGGCCCUUCAAUGAGCGAACACACAAAUCCGUGAAGCGCUCCAUAUUUUAAAAUAUAAUUGCAAGGAUGAGAAUGGGACAUACAAUUCCAAAUAAUACAUUGAAACGAAUAGGUAAACAUGAAACAGGAAAUUGCGAUCACUGCGUAGAGAAAUCAGAAACCGUAGAUCAUGUUCUAUUUCAGUGACUGCGGUAUGGUAGGGAACGGGAGAGAUUGUUAAUAUAAUUAAGGAGGUAUGGAUUGGUAGAGUUAGAUAUAAGAAUAUUGUUGACAACAAAUUCAGGUAAUGUAGUGUUUAAUUGUGUUUUCCGUUUCUUAAGGGAAAUAGGAUUGUUCGCUAGAUAGACUUGCAUAAUCUGUGGUCCACACUCCUGUCCAGUUGGUAGCGGUAAUGCACCUGAAACGUUGGUUGACAACGGUCAUAUAAAAAUUCAAGAAGAAGCUUCACGUGAUUUUCAGUCGGAUAUUUUUCCGACUGUUGUAAACUGGAACGGAUCAUCUGUGUUGCUGAUGGUUGCUAUGUAUUCCGUAGGAACAGAGAGUUUAAUCAAACAGGCAAGGGAUAUUGGAGAGGUGGAGCUCCAGAAGUUCUACAGCAGAAUCACCAAGCAGCUGACUGCUAGAGAACACAGUCAUGAUGUCAUUGACUCUCUCCAGAGACUACACCUAAUAUUGGCGUCCACCAAGUACACCAGGAGGUACACUAAACCCUAGCACCAGGAGGUUGCCAGUGGAGCUGCAUCGUCGUCUACUGUCCCUGUGUGUGUCUUCUUCUGUGGAACAGAUGACGGUGUUGACCUCAGCUGUGCUUAGAGAAGCACUGCCCCCCUCUGGCCCGGGGCAGAUCUACACCCUACAGGACUACUGCCCUUUAAACAGCCAUACCGCUGCCCUUGUGCUGUCACAGGCAGGGUGUAAAGAAGACCUGUCAGCCCUCUCCUCACUCCUCCUUCGAAGUCUAGAGGGACGAGCUGCAGAAAGCCCUUCCCCCACCCAGACCCUGGGGCUUACACACUGUCUUCCCAUUGUGAACACAGUCAUCACCUACAGCCCUGACAGUCUUACUGAGGAUCAUGUGAUCUUUCUUAGUAAGAAGCUUGUUGAAUGGCUGCGCUACGCUAGCCUCCAACAGGGAAUGUCUUCAUCUGGAGGGUUUUUUGCAAGCCCACGAAUACGUCAGCCAGGAACAGUGGCAGAGCUGGAUGGGUGUGUUUGUGGCGAUUUCUUCACCGUGUUAUGUGUGAGUCCAUCCUUCUCAGAAGACCAAUGGAUGAACCUCUACAGCUUCUCUCUGCUACGCCAUUGGCUGAUUACAUACCAUAAUGGAACUGACGGCAACACCAGCACAGACACUGCUACAGACAACAGACUGAUCAGUCUCUCCCUCUCUCAUGAGGACAGGUCUGAGGUGGACGGGUCGGUGGUUUCCAUGGUUUCAGCCACGUCCUCUUCAAGCAGAGUACUUCCUCCUAAAGAACGUCUGAGAGAGAAGAGCCUUGAGUACUGUCAGCGGCUUGUAGAGCAGAGUGAUCGUAAGGCGCUGAAGAGAGCUGACACAGAGCUGCAGAAAGCGUGUCUGGUGGAGGCAGUGUGUAUCCUGGACAGUGUGUGUCUGGGAGAUCCGGGCUUCGUGUACCGAGCUUUCCCAUGUGUGAAGGCACUUUUUGGUCGUCUGAGCUCUGACCUCUCCUACAGCAGAGUCCUGCUUCCCAUCGCUCAGUUUUACCUCAACCAUGGAGAGACUGCAGCCGUGGACAGUGAGUGUGUGUGGAGAUGUGUCUGGGGUGUUCUUCCAGCAGAAUGUUUCAACCAGCCCUUUUUGGCCCAUGAGAUGCUGACCUUCAUCAGAGCCAAUCAGCUGCUGCUAAAGACGUCUGUACCGCUCUACAGCCGUUACUUUCCUAACCUUCUUAAGUUUCUAGCGUGGGACAGUCCUAGUCUGGUAUCUGACUAUUUGGAUGUGCUGCCCUCUCUGGUGACAACUGGUACUGCUUUGGAGCUGCUGCAUUCCCUCCUGGACCUGCCCUGUCUGACUGCUGCCCUCACCCUGCAGCUCAGGUCUGCAUGCUUCCCUGUGUCUGAGCCAGGGGGGCGUGGUCUGACAUCGCUGGAAGCAUUCCGAAGCCCCGCCUAUCGAGGCCUUUUUCUAUUCCUACUGCGGCGAGAGGCGGGGUCUGGUGAUACCAUUGACAGACUGAGUGUGCUCCAUGACCUCCUGAUGGAGGCUGCUGAUUGGCCCAGAGUUGUCCAAUCAGCUCAAAGCGUUCCAGUGCUGCUGCAUGUCUACUUCAACACUAUCACUACGAUAUCUGAUAAGAGGCUGCUGGCCCAGCUGGUUUUGGUGCUGCUUGAGAGAAGCAGUCUGCUGCUCAACAUCCCCAGUUACCCGGAGGAGAUACACCGCGUUUUCAGCUAUCAUUUGCUGAGGCUGUGUAAGCACCACCCCUCACUUGUUGUGGACCAAUCCCGGGAGCUUCUGGAGUUUGCUGGAAUCACAGCUAAUGUCCAUAGCAAGGAGGAACUAUAUACACAUGUGGUGUGGGUGCUAGGUGAGUACCUGUCUGUGUCAUCUGACCCUCGGUGUUCCGUGGAUCUUGUUACUUCCUGUUUUGAGGCGUUGGAGGCCGUUCUCUUUGAGGUUACUUCCUCUGGAUGCCCCUCCCCCAGAGUCGUCACCUCUCUACUAAGCACGCUUGCUAAACUGGCCUCCCGCUCCCACGACCUCAUACCCCGAGUGUCUCUGUUUCUCUCUAAGCUUCGUAGUGGAGCCAUCUCCUGGUGUCACAGUGAGGAAGAUGUUGUUGCCAUAGUGACCAGAGGGGAGGAGUUAUGGUCACUACUGAAGCUUCCGAGUGUGGCGUUAAGUGUUCUAACCCCGCCUCUUGUUGUCACCACCCCCAGCUGGCACGGAGAUACCAACACAGCUCUGCCACCUCGACUCAGAAGUCUCACUAGCCUUACACACACACCCCUGAAACACAACUGAAACACACAUGGUACACAGUUCCAUUGACCUUAAUAAAGAAAUGUAUGCUUUCAA